GGAUGAUGCGAUGGGGUGACUGUUUCUGUUGGAUAUUUGCUUAUUUUUUUUCUAGUUCUUACCUUAUUUUAUUGUUUCAGUUUCAGCAGCUCAGGAAGGAGCUGGAGAAACGGUUCCCGGGCAUGCUGAAAAUUGUAAGUACUAGGGAUCUACUGAUUAUUUUUUAAAUGUUGUUUAAUUUUUUCACUUUAGAGCCGAUAAACAGUAAACUUUUAGGCCCAUAGCUGAUAAUUUACCGAUAUUCUGUAAAAUUAUCGUUUUGAAAAAAGAAACCAGUUAAACAAAUCUGUUUAAUGAACAUGUUUAUUACAUUUUUUUUCUUUUAAGUGGUAAAGGCACAAAAUAUACAUGCCAGCCAGGUGUUUUUGUUUUCAAGAAUAUUUAGUGUUCCUCUCCCUUCCCUACCCCUCCCAGUCCCUUAGUGUUCAUCUCUCCCCCUCAGUGUGUAGUGGUCCUCUCCCCUCCCUGGUGUGCCCCAUUAUCUCUUGUAGCAUGGCCGAGCGCAGCGGACCGUAGUACAGGAGCUUCAGUUUCCGAUAACCGGCCGGACUGGCAGGAAGUGUUUUCUCAGAGUUCUUCCUGUCAGUCCAGCCCGGUACAGGAAACUGAAGCUUCUGUACUGCGGUCUGCUCAACCACACUACACUGAGUGACUGGUAGGGGGAGUGCUGUGCGCUUCAUUCUUGCGCCCCCAGACACAAUUCGCCCUAAGACAGCCGCCUGAUGGACGCGCCUGCCCUGCAUGUGCUGUGCCACUGUGCCUCUCACAUUAUCUGUAAUAUCGUUAUCAAUAAUGGCCGAUAUUUGCCAAAAUAUCAGCCGAACCGAUUAUUGGUCUAUCCCUAGUAAGUUACUUCAGGCCUGUCUCAAGUAAAGUUACCUCUGAAGGCAUGGACUAAUUCAGUUACCCCUAAAACAGUCAGGCAUUUAAUUCAAUUGGCGAAGGGGAUUUGUCUAAUAGAGUGUCUGUCUUUAUUACGGCAACUGCAGCAACCUGGGACACUAUAGUCACCAGAACAACCACAGCUUAUUGUAUUCUGGUGAGUAAAAUCAUUCCCUACAGGCUUUUUGCUGCAGUCUUUUCAGAGAAAGUGCAGUGUUUACAUCACAGCCUAGUGAUAACAUCACUGGCCACUCAGCAGAUGGCUACUAGAGGUGUUUCCUUGAGCAGUGCUGCACAGUGUGACUGACAUGCAGUGUCUCCUCCCUCUGCAUGCAGACACUGAACUUUCCUCAUAGAGAUGCAUUGACUCAAUUCAUCUCUAUGGGGGAGAUGCUGGUUGGCCAGGGCUGUGUUUGGCUUGUGCUGGCUCUGCCCCUGAUCUGCCUCCUUCAGUCUCAGCCAAUCCUGUGGGAUAGCAUUGUGAUUGGCUCAGAGAAUCCCCUCUGUCAGCCAAGCAGGCAGAUCGGGAGCAGAGCCAGCAGCUGCAGACCUGAAUAGAAGUGUGUGUGUGUGUGUGUGUGGGGUUUUUUUUUUUUUUCUACAUUUAGGGGGCAAAGGGGAGCUAGAUGGUGGUUUUCACACUGUCAGGAAUACAUGUUUGAUUUCCUGACCCUAUAGUGUUCCUUUUUAAUGUUACUGUGUCUGGUGUUCUACCCUAGGAUGGUGAAGGUACCCCAACUUCCACAGGAUGGUUUGAAGUGACUGUGGAUGGGAAGCUGGUGCACUCCAAAAAGGUAAGAUGCAUGCUGGAUUUGUCUGGGGCUAGUUCUCCUUAGGAUAUUCCUACUGGCUGUUGGCUAAACUCUAGAGAAGGUCUUGACACUACACGUGCCAUGAUACUCGUACAGCCUUAAUGCAAAACUAAAUGUGUUUUCUGUUACUGUCUCCUUGGAAGCCAUGUUUAACUCUUGCUGAGAACAUGUAGGGACUUUAACCGUGUAAAAAUGGUUUCCAGAUUUUGUUUGCUUAGUACAAAGUGUGGGGCCUAACAUGCCCUGAGGAAAGACUGACCAGGUACCCCCAUUUAUGGUUAACUAGUAACUUAGAAUGAGUACUGUAUAUUGGAACCCUCAACACACAUCCUCUGUUUGAUUCAGAAGAAUGUGCAAACUUUAUAUUCUCCUUGCACUGCAUCAAUCUGAUGGUACCUGGAUCUUUAUACCUUGCAAGUUGUGUUAAGAUGACCAUGUAACUAAAUAGAGCCCAGAAAAGGCUGCUUUGUAUUAAGUGAUUGAAACCCCUCUAGGCUGAGAAUCUCCGGUUUUGGUAAAGGAUUCAUGCCAUUGGUACACACGCUGUAAAUGUGCUGCAUCACUUAUCUUUAGACUAAAACACUAGAAGCUCCUACCUGUACUCAUCCUGCCCUGAUAGAAACGGAUAGAAAAGCUCCAGGCUUCAGAUCUGGUGUUUUACGAUCUCUCUAGGCGAGCUAUGACAUCUUUUCUGUGUGUUCUAUUUCUUUUCUUACCAAUGGAGAUAAUGCUUGUUUACGAAUAUAAAAAUAGUGCUUCUGAUUGUAGGAUUUGCUUCUCCCAGGAAGUAGCUUGCAUUUAUCAGCCAAUCCUGGUGCUUUCAUGGUGAUUAAUGUGAAUAGUAAAUUUUAUAGCGCUUGUGGCGGCAAUGCUAUUUAAGAAUGUUAAAUAAUUCUCCAAUUCCUCCCUCAAUGCUCUGCAAUGCAUCAGUGCACCUUUUAGAUACCUGAUACAGUGAGGGCCAAUUUGGGAUUUUACAGGACUGUGCAAGAACAUUGACCCUUUGGGGGCCCAAAUUACAUGGUUCUUUCUCUUGUUUCUCUCCCUGCAGAAUGGCGAUGGCUUUGUGGACAAGGAGGCAAAGCUUCAGAAGAUCGUGCUUGCCAUUGAGGUGGCUUUGAGGAAGUAACGGGCAGAAUGUGGUCAUUCUGCAAUGUGUGAGCUAAGAAGGUGAGGAGCGCAGUAAGAAUCUGGUCUUAACACUACACAGAGCUGAUUCUGUCUGGCCAAAGCUCUGUUCUGCAAUAAAUGUGAGGGUCCAAGUACUGUAAUGCCUUGUUGUGGGUUGCUUUUACAGAGUUAAUGGACAGACAUCUAUAAACCUUUUUUAAACAGCUACCAAGUCUGAUUGCUUCUCAUUGGUCACUUUUUUUUUUUUCUCUUCCAGGUUGGACGUCCUUCUUGCUUCUUUCAUUUUUACCUCACGCCUUAUGAAGGGAAACGCUAAAAUGCCCACUGGGCGCGGCUGAGCCCCGAUAUCCUGCGUGCUGCGUUCAGAUGACAAAAGCGACAGACACCCAUCCUUUUCCUGCUCAGACAAAAUAAAAAUUUGUGUAAGAGUUUUGAUUUUCCUAAAACCAGUUGAAUGAGAUGGGUUUGUAGAGUGACCUGACGCCGUGAAGGUACAAUAGAACUGUCACCUGGACAUUUUGUCUUAUACUGUAAAACAUCAGAAUAAUCUGCAGGUCUGCAAUUUAACACAUUAAAGAAUGUGUAUUUUUUUACUUAAACGUUGGUUUACACUCUUAUUAUACUUCAUUUCCAAAAACCAGAAGGUUUGUGUUUCCCUCUCGCAGC